CGUGCGCGUUUCUUAGCCUUUUCUUCGACUUGAAAUUAAUUCGUUUCUUCAAUCAUUUUGCGAUAUUGUAUGUUAAAAAAAUGUUGAAAAAUUUAGAAGAAUCCGGAGGACCUAAUUCCUCUUCAUCAAAAAUAUGGAUAUUGUGUUAGCACUUGUUGGUGUUCCUUAUUAUUGUCAUCAAGUUGGAGCCAAACGGAAUCGGAGCCGAAAAUGAUGAGAAGAAUCAAAAUGGCAGAUAUCGAAUACAAAAAAAAAUAAAAUAAAAAUAUUGUAAUUGACGAUCAUUUCGUACCAUCAAUAAUCGAGCUAAGGGAGAAGGAGGAAUGGGCCCUUGGGCCUUGGGUGUACCAAUUGUACUUGUAUCCUGCGUGGGUCUUCUUCUGAACGCCUACAUUCUCCUUGUAGUUGUUGGACUCGGAAAACAGAUUCAUCAGCAGCAAAGUGCGAACACCUUGCUAUUGAUUCAUUUGGGUGCAGUCGAGGCGGCAGUUUGUCUAGUGCUUUUAAUAUUCAGCACCGGUUCUUGGCCUAUUGCUGGCACCUGGUGCGUUCUUCACGGAUUUCUUUUAGCUCUUCUACACCCUGUGGCCCUCUGGACCGUAACCGGCCUUAACUGUGAGAGGUAUUAUGCGAUCGCCGCACCUCUGCAUUACGCGGCGUUGGUGUCUCCGCGCAGAGUGAUAUUUGGAUUAGCAGCUUCUUGGACUGGAUCGCUCUUGCUCUGUUUGCCACCAAUAUCAGGUUUAGCACCGCCAUACACAUAUAUUCCUGGUCUCGGAUGUUGUGCUCCGGACUUUGGAAACGACAGCUGGGGCUCAUCAGCGGCGCUUUAUGGCGUCGUAUAUACUUUGCUUGGUUUGGCUCUCCCGGCUGUGGUCGUCACGGUCUGUAAUUUUCGCGUACUUGGGAUAGCUCGUUAUCAUCGGCAUCGAAUUGCAAGUGCCAUCUACGAGGUUACUUUGAGUGCUCAGGUGACAAUAACACACCAGAGAAAUCCUUUCUUCAUACCUUCAGUCACCUCGCCCAAUGCUGGUGGACCACCUCGUUUUCACAGCGCUGCGAGCACGGUAAUGCAACUGGUUGGCUCUCUUUAUCUACUUUACUUUCCUUAUUGUGGACUGGUCCUAUGGGAAGCGUGUUGUGCGAUUGGACUCGGGGAGAUUGGAACUCAACGACUUCAUGCACAUCCUCGUUUUGCGUCCUUGGCCUCACUUCUUCUCGCCUGUUCACCACCCGUAAACGGCCUCCUCUAUGGUCUCAAGUCACGAACCCUACGACUCUCUGUGCAGAACUACUGGCGGAAAAAGGCAACCAAAUCGGAACUACAGCAGGACCAUGCUUUGUUGGAUCAUGGAUCCGAAGGAUCCUACUGUAAUCCCCACUCGAAAACUUCUCUGCUAGCCGUGAUAGGGGGAACUGCCAAACCUGUAAGGACGAGUUUAAGCACAGCGAGUCUACAAAUGGGGUCUCGAUAUUCAAACGACUUUGACGGAAUCGAUGCAAAAAUCGAAAACGAUGGUGGGUGUUUAGCUAUGAGUCAUACUCCAAAUCAAAGCCCAAGGAUUUUGAUAACUCGAGCUUGCAGCGAAGAGAGUCAGGACUGCGAAAUUCCAUUGCUUAAGAAAACUUUUUCAGCAGCCACUUCUGAUUUGCAGAUUUGCGAAAACCGAAGGUGGACACAACCAAGCAUUGGGAGCGAUAGUAGCACCGGAAGUAGUGACGCAAGUGUUUGGACAACGGGAGUAAAGCAAAAAGGCCGAAACAGUAACAAAAAUGCAAUGGACGCUUGGACCAUUGGACGAUUUGUUCGAGUGAAGACAUUAGAAGAAGGAGUGAUCUUCAUCGGCAAGACUCGCAAUGAACAAAAUAGUGAAAGCAGCGAAAAUACUGACAAUACAGCUACAACUACUUCUACUCUUCCAUCCAGAACAUUGACAAUGGAAAGAGACCGAAAAUUUGCAGAAGAAAGGGCGCGUCUCGCACAAGAAAAAAAAAUGGAAAAUACCGAAGAGCAAAGUGAGAGUGAUACAAGCUGGAGCAGUUCGGAAGAAGUCAACGAAAAAAAAGCGAACCUCCUAGCAUUUACAGAAAAUCCCGAUACUCAUCUCGUCGAUAAAGAAGUAGAAAAUAAGUUUCAAAAUGAUGAUGAAGCAUGA